AUAGUUAUAUCAAGUGUUUUUGAUUUUUUCAUAAUUAUAAAAAAUAUAGUAUUAUAAUUCAAGUGAACUAUUUCGUUAAAUUGUUAUUUUCUAUUAUUUUAAGUUAUUAUCAUGAAAAGAUUAUUUAUUAUAUUUGUUUUAAUUUAUCUUAAUGUUUCUGGCCGAUAUUGUAUUCUACCUAAUAAUAUUCUUGAAGUCGAUACUUUGAGUGUACCGUCACCUUAUGAGUUUUUAUGGAUGACAACAGUGUCAUAUUGUAAUGUACAUUUUUUGACAUAUUAUAUGUUUAUUCGAGUUGGAAUCCCAAUAAAAGAACAAAUAUAUUCUAAUGAUGAUAUAGCGGCUUUUCUUAUACCAGAUAAUAUAGAUGAUUGGUCAGACGAAACAGUUUUAGACUUACCAUAUAAAUUCUUAAAAUUGAGGGAAGCUUCUCAAAUUAUUGAAAGUUUUGUUUUUGAAAUUAAGGAAUAUAAAAAUGUUACAGGAGCUGAAGAUAUAAUCGCAGGAAAAAAAAUAUGGAAGUCAGUUGAAGAUAAUUUGGUCAAUUUCAUGAAAAAGAUUUACACUUUAUCAAAUAAAGUGAACCAAGUGAUAUAUGAUUUGAAUAUUCAGCAAAAAACCGUAUCUAUUGUGAAACCGUCAGUUAUGAGGAACUUAUACUUAGAUAUUUACGAUGAAAUGAUUGAUACAAUGUCAAAACACAUUUCACCAUAUAAAAACGCAUUUAACUUUCUUGAAAAAUAUAAUUCAAUAAACAUUAAAGAAAUAAAUAUUAAGCAAGAAAUGAAAAACGAGAAUAAUUUUAAUUCAUAUGAAUACACUCGAGUGAAGUUGACUAAAGUAUAUGAUUUGUAUAUAAAAGCUUUAAGAAUAUUUUAUAAUUAUAAAUCGAUUGAUAUUCAAUUUUCUGGAUCACAUUUUAUAAUUUGGUAUGAUUUAAAUUCAUCAAAGAGCAUUUUUGAUUAUAAAGCAUCAACACUUUUAACAUAUAUAAUAAAAUUAAAAGAGUAUGCUCAAGAAGCGUAUAAAUAUGAUCAGAUAAAUAUACAAAAAUCAACAUCAAAAGUCCAAGAGUAUGUUAUUAUAAAUUUGUAUAAUAUUGUUGGACUAAUAAAAUCCCCUCUACAAAAAAUUUUAAAAAAGGAAGAUUUGAUUAAAAAUGAUGUAUUAUCAAAUACUAAAAAUGAUGAUACAACAUUGAUAAAUGAAUUAUUAAGUUCUAAAAACAAAGUUUUGCAUAUGGAACGGAUAAAAAAUAUUCAAUUAAAUUGGAAUGAUAGCAGUAUACAAAUUAUUGCUACGGACAUAAUAAAUAAAUAUAAUAAGUCAUUAUGUGACACCGAUGUAAAUCAUAAUGCAAAACUGAUGAAUUGGGUAGAACAAAUGUUAAUUGAUGAACAAAAAAGAAAUGUGCUCGAAUCAUCAAUUUACGCAAUGAUAAUAAUAAAAAAUUUAGAAAAUAUUGUAUUGUGCUCGUAUAUAAAAAAUAAUUUUGAAAUAAAUAAAGAAGAACGUAUAAAAAAUCUCAUAGAAAACGUGGAUCAAAAAUUAAAUAGAAUAUACAACAUCACCGUUUAUUCAAUUAUAGAUAAUAGGGAAAAUAUUAUACCUGAAUUAUGGAAUUAUAUAAAGAACCAAAAAGAUAAUAUUUUUAAUACUUUAGAUUGGUUAAAUAAAAAUAUUUCUAAAUCAAACAUUCCAUAUUGGCCUAAUGAUAUUCAAUGUAAUGAAAUAUAUAUAAAAAAUAUAGUACAACUGGCAUCUGUAUCUUCUUACAUGUUAUAUGAUGUAACGCUAACAAGUAUGCAUCAAGCAUUGGAAAAAAAUGACAUUGAUAAUGAAAUAGAAGAGUCAAACGCUAUAUUUAUAUUAGAAGAUCUUGAACGUACUAAACAAAUGUAUAAAAAUGUAAUUCAAAAUAUAAAAAAUAUUGUAACAAUCAAUACGUUGUAUAUAAAAUCAAACAAAUUUUUAAAACAAAAUUUAAAACAAAAAGCAAUAAACGAGUUAGCAAAAUCUAUGAAAUAUAAAAUAUUCGCAGCUACUGCAUUAUUAAUACCAGCGUUUAGAAAAACAGAGUAUUAUAAUCAAGUAGCACCAGAGGAUAAACUUGACUAUUCAGAACAUUUUAAUAAUAUGCAUAAAGUAUUCAAUAAAUAUUUUGGAAAGAAAACAGAUAUAAGGAAAAAUAAUGAAACUGCGAUGGAACUGAUAAAAGAAAAUGAAAAGGAAAUAAUAUCAAUUUAUAAUAGACUACGAUAUAAAAAUAAAAAAAUUAAAAAGAAACAUAGAUACAUAAGAGUACUAAAAUAUAAUAUGAUAAGUCUAAAACGAAUAUAUCGUACUAUAAUCAAUCAAUUAAAAAAAAUUACCAAGGUCAAUAACAAACUCAAAUUGAAAAAUAAUCAACAGGAAAUAAAGAAAAGAAUUGAAAUAACGAUUGCACUUAUCAUGGAAGAUUUCAUAAGAUUUGAUACAUAUAUUGAUAUGCCAGAUCAGACAACCUCGUUAUACGAUGGAAGUCACAGGUAUAUAAUAUCAGGAAUAGAUAUGACAAAAGAAAAUAAUAUCAUUGACUAUACGAAUAUAUACAAGAAACAAAAAUACAAACCAAUAUCAGAUAAAACCACAGAUCUCAAAACUCCAAUGUCCUCAUAUCAAAAACAUGAUAUUAUAAAUCAGGGAAGAAAAAAGGAAAACGAAGGUAAUCAAAAAGAUAAAGAGAUAAAUAGCAAAUCAAAAAAUUUAAAAUCACAAGAUUCUACAGUAGAAAGUAAAUCAAACGAUCUAGAUCAAGAGGAAGCAAUUAAAAUUAUGUCAAUAAAAUCGAAAAAAACAUUAAUUACGGAUGAACCAAAUUCGGACGAAGACGAAAUACCUAACAUCGAAACAGAAACGUCAACAAAAAUAGAAUUGACUAAACAACAAGAGAAAAAUGGCGUUCCAGGUAAAUUAUCAGCAACAUUCAAGAACCAACCAAAACUAACUUCUAAAGGAAGAAGUAUGCCAACUUCACCUCCAGCUUCAACUACAGAAAAUGAUUCAACGGAUGUUGAAUUCGAGCAUAAUAUCAAAUCAAGUACAUUCGUGUCAACAAUCUCGUCGACGCUGUCAGUAGAUAAUGAUUCCAAUGAAUCUGAUGCUCAAUUCUCAAAAACAAAAAUUAAAGAAGAUAUGAAAGAUAGCAUUCUGAAAGAAAUUGAUGUAAAGCCUGGGUUUGGUAUGAAACCUACAUCCCCGGGUUCUUCUGACGAUAGAUUGUCAUUACUUGAACAGCGUAAUAGCCCAACGGAAACGAGUACAAUCAAUUCAAUGACAGAUAUCAACGAAAUUAUUAAUGUUGAAGAUUCUCAUUCGCCUUUCUUUUUACCACCUUUAAAGGACAUCCCUAUAGUAACUUCUAAAGGAUCAAGUAUGCCAACUUCACCUCCAGCUUCAACUACAGAAAAUGAUUCAACGGAUGUUGAAUUCGAGCAUAAUAUCAAAUCAAGUACAUUCGUGUCAACAAUCUCGUCGACGCUGUCAGUAGAUAAUGAUUCCAAUGAAUCUGAUGCUCAAUUCUCAAAAACAAAAAUUAAAGAAGAAAGAAAGAGCAUUCUGAAAGAAAUUGAUGUAAAGCCUGGGUUUGGUAUGAAACCUACAUCCCCGGGUUCUUCUGACGAUAGAUUGUCAUUACUUGAACAGCUAACUUCUAAAGGAUCAAGUAUGCCAACUUCACCUCCAGCUUCAACUACAGAAAAUGAUUCAACGGAUGUUGAAUUCGAGCAUAAUAUCAAAUCAAGUACAUUCGUGUCAACAAUCUCGUCGACGCUGUCAGUAGAUAAUGAUUCCAAUGAAUCUGAUGCUCAAUUCUCAAAAACAAAAAUUAAAGAAGAUAUGAAAGAUAGCAUUCUGAAGAAAUUGAUGUAA